GCACCUGUGUCUCGGGAUCGCUCAGGCGUGAUUAAAACUGAAGGCUCCCUGCUGAGCUGAUCACUCAGUUAUCGUAGACAUCUGUGCCUUGGCUUGAUCCGUGAAUUCAUACAUUGUCCUACAGCAAUCGAAGCUAAAUUUUGAACGUAUACACCCAGCACUUGUGGCCGAUUUCAAUUUCUAGCUUCAGGACAUUGAGAGUGCUAAAAUGGCUCACGAGAGAGUGAGGAGCGGGUCGUUUAUCGAUGUGCUGCUUGCCAUCCUUCUACCUCCCCUGGGAGUGUUCCUCGCCUUUGGCUGCGCGUCGGAGUUCUGGAUUUGUCUGCUGUUGACGAUCCUGGGUUACAUUCCCGGAAUCAUCUACGCCUUGUACGUGCUUGUGGGGUGAAGAGGAUUCCUAUGAAGACCGGUUAGAAUGCUGCGAAUGCGAUAUCAUAUGCUCAGCAUGAUUUAUGCUGAAAACGGGGAAUUCUACAGCAGCUACUGUACAUUUAGAAACGAGAGUUUCCAAGUUCAGCAUCCACACGAUGUCUGACUUUGUACAGAUUGUCAACAUGACAAAUUACCUGCUCCAAAGCCUUUUCCAACUCCACAAGUAUAUAUUUUAGUUUCUGCUGUGUACCCUUGAUUCAUUCUGCAACGGGUUGUCCUUCUUUUGCUCUGGCAAUGCCAGUAUUUACGCAAUAAAGUCUGUAUGAUUGUCGACGUAAAA